CAAGAAUGUUUUGAAACUGACUUCAAAGAAAGAAUGUCCUGUAAAGUAACAUUAUCAUCAAUCAGAAUCUUUUCUAUGGAAUUAUUUUCUUCCGUAUUCCUUUUAAAGAAAAUUUCAUCUAAUAUAAUGAGUGAAAAGUUGAACAUAUCUCUAGAGUUAAAUUAAACUCUUCAAGAUGAACUCGAUUUUAUGUAAGAAAAAUCCUAGUUGUAAAAGCCUGCAGAAGUAGACAAAACAUGACAACAGACUCACUAAUAUUUAUUCUCUUUUUGUUGUAUGUAUACCUCAACAUAGACCAUAACUCCUUUAAUAUCCUCCUUCAUCCCAGCCUACCUCCAUCUUCCCAACCUCUCAUCUUUUAACAUGAUAAAGGGGUUAGAGCUAGACUUGUCUGAAAAUUCUUCAAAAAAUUCUCCUUGUUUAUCGAUGGGAAUUGGGGAGCAGCCAAUAAUAUUAGAAAAUAGCAAUAACAAUAAAUCAUCAGCAGGGGUAAGACCAUAUCUUAGAUCCAAAAUGCCGAGGCUGAGAUGGACACAUGAUCUUCACCGUAGCUUUGUACAUGCUGUUGAAAGACUUGGUGGAGAAGAUCGAGCAACUCCGAAGAUGGUGCUACAAUUGAUGGAUGUGAAGGGCCUCACCAUAUCUCACGUUAAGAGUCACCUUCAGAUGUACAGAAGCAUGAAGCAUGAACAGAUGAUGCAAGCUGAAGUAGAAGCAGCAAAUGGGAGUAAGAGGAAUAGAAUGGAUGGUCCAGAUCAAAUGAAUUAUACCCAUGAAAACUUUCUUAAAUACUAUAAUAAUGGCAAAGCCUUCUUUGAUGGACAUCCUAAUUCGACAGUAACGACUAACUAUUCGGACCUUGCCUCCAGGCCUACUAUUUUUCCUCCUUCAUGGAAACAUUUGCAAGAGAUGAGGGAAAAUAAGAUCAUGGGAUUCGAAGGAACAUCCGAUCCUAACACUAUGUUCAAGGAUUUUUUCAAUGGUUGCAAUGUUCAAGAUGGCACUAGGAACAAAAUGGUACGACAAUAUGGUAGCAGUACUUUGUCAAAUAAGAGUGCAUUUUCAAUUAUUGAAACAGCUGAAGAGGAAGACUCUGGUAGCACUCUGACGUUGUCCUUAGGAGCAUCUGCCAGUUUAGAUAUGACUAAUAUCUCUCUUGAGCUCACCCUUGGUUAAAUUCCUCAUUAUUUGACUCUCUUUUUGUGGGCUAGUCCAACGAAGUAAUCUUCUUCUUGUUCAAACUAGCUAGGUUAGAACUUUGUAACUUAAUCAGUUUUUCUAAUCUAUAGACUGACCAAUAUCUGUCCUAUAAUCAUGAUAUAGUACAUAAUGUACGGCUUUUAACUUUA